AUGCUCUUCCCUCCUCGAGUUCGCCGCGUGGCCACGCUCCUCGCUCUGCUCUUUGCGGCGGCGGCGGCGGCCCCACCAGCUCUCGGCGCAGCCGUCCGACCCCUCCCACGAGGGGACGCGCCCAUCACUCCUCUGACCUCCGCGGAGGUCGCCGCCUUCGCGCCUUACACGCACUUCGCCAGCACCGCGUACUGCAGCCCGGACACGACACGCACCUGGACGUGCGGAGCGAACUGCGACGCGAACCCGACGUUCGAGCCCGUCGCGUCCGGCGGUGACGGCGCCAUCACACAGUUUUGGUACGUUGGCUUCGAUCCUGCGCUCGGUGAGGUCAUCGUUGGGCAUCAGGGCACCGACAUCGAAGCCAUCAUCCCUGUCCUGACAGACGCCGAUAUCGUGCUCACGCCGCUCAGCCCGACCCUCUUCCCGGGUGUGGGCCUCGAUGUGCUCGUGCACAACGGCUUUGAGGGCACGCAUGCUAGGUCUGCACCCCUUGUGCUCAAGGCGGUAACCUCUGCGCUCCAGCAGUUCGGUGCCACGAAGGUAACCGUGGUCGGGCAUUCGCUCGGCGCCGCGAUUUCGCUGCUCGACACGGUCUUCCUCCCGCUGCACCUCCCGAGCAACGUGACGACACGUUUCGUUGGGUACGGGCUGCCACGCGUCGGCAACAAGGCUUUCGCGAACCUCGUGGAUGGCUUGGGGGAGUCAGUCACGCACAUCGGCAACAUGGAGGACAUCGUGCCUGUCAUCCCACCAAUUGCCUUCGGCUUCCACCAGCCCACGGGAGAAAUCCACAUCAUGGACAACGGCCAGUGGGUGUCCUGCCCGGGCCAAGACAAUCCCAGCCCCGAAUGCGCCUUCGCGUCCGCGAAUGUUCUCCAUUUCAACGUGUCUGAUCACGACGGGCCUUACGAUGGCAUUGAAAUAGGGUGCUAG